UUUAUUCUGCAUGCAACGAAAUACAAGGAACAUAAACAAUAAACAAAAGAGAUUUUGGAGCAUGGGUGAGUGAGUGGAGAGACGAGCCAUGUCAUCUGUAUAGUGGCAACUCAACGUUGAAAAAGAAUUGCUGCACAUGCUCCCAGCAUAUACAAUAAAUAGAAAGAGACCCAAAAUGCAAGAAAGAACUUCACAGUGUCAUACAUAUCAAUUGCUGCUGCCGACUGAACAUUCAGGUGUGUGACAAUGGUCAGCAAAAAGUUUAAGCAGGAGAGUGAAAUGAGCGCGAGGGGAACCACCGACUCGCGGUGGGCAUUCGUGUAGGGCAGGAAGUUUAAGCAGGAGAGUGAAAUGAACACAAGGGGAGCCACCGACGCGCAAAGGGAAUUCAUGUUGGCAAUUCCUUUCUGCAACAGGUGUAUCCUCUCAAUGUAUGCAGUAAAUAAUCUGAACUGCUACUCGCAUUGAUCAUUCUAUCUGCAUGCCUUAAUUUAUGGCGAUAAGUCGCCUACAUGUGGGCCCCAGGUAUUGGGCAACCCCCACAACCUCCUUCCACUUCACUGGUUUGUAAGUGGCAAAAGAUGCGACAGUGACCCACCACCUGCACUCAAGACGGUUUCCCCUUCCUUUCACCACCUGAGGGAAACGCUGCUCAAGUAGACACGUGGUUGGCACGUACCAGGCAAGCAAUGCUAUUUAAGAAUGCCCUUUCUUCGCACCCAGUCCUCUUGUAGCUCUCUUGAGCAGAGAGCAGCACCAUCUCUUUGCAAUUGUUGCAAGGUACCAUGUGCUGUUGCAGUUCAGAAUUUUUGUUGUGCAGUAUAAGCACAAGUUAAGGAUGCUGCACAUAUAGGGCUAGUCUAACCUCCCAAAGUCAACACUUGCAUGGUUCAGCCUGCUCAAGGAGGAAGAGGUGGCCAAAUGUUCACAGCGGCUGUUCAAAGUUGCCAAUCCCCAGUUUGUGUGUUGUCAGCUGCUUUUGUAGCUGCAAGGAUGGGCUCUUUGUUUCACAUUCACAAACAACAAGAAGCAAAAACACACAGUACAGAGGGGCAAAGUACAUGUGCGAAACAGCACUAGCUGUCGUUAAACUUGUGCCUCAAGUAAAAGAAAACGAAAUUUGGUUGGGGAUUUGCACAGGUCUUAGUCUGAAAUGUGGGUGAAUACAGACAGUACAGACGCUAGUUGCUUGUCGGUACAUGUCUUGUCACAACUCGCUUGCAACAAGCCUUUCUGUGAAUUUUGUGCAGUCGGUUCCUUUUUUGACGUUGCUCCGUUUUUAUGUGCAGCUGUUGUCCCAGUGAACAUUUACAGGCAGCGCUUUUAAGUUCAGACAUAAUUGUUAUAAAAUGGUGACUUCUGCGGCAGAGUUUCCUGUUGGGCAGCGUGGUAUAAUGCAUGGUAUACAGAUGUUCUGGCCCAUCAUAUGGUGGCAUGCUUGCUGUUAGUAUGACUGUCAGAGUGGGUUCACACCUCAAUCACUUGAAUUGUGUGUUCAAGGUCAUCGUGAGCAUGCUAGGUGUGGAUACUGGAAGGACUUUCCAGAAAGACAAGAAGUGUUGAUUACCAAACUAUUUUUUGUUUUGCUGCCCGGCGCUGCAUGGUUUCUUGAGGCUUUCAUCAGAACCCAGUGCAUCACAGACGGCGCCAAUGACUGCGCCAUACAACACUGCUGUCAGUGUGCCAAAGAUGGGCAAGAUGAACACCGAACACAAUGGAUCCAUUGACUGCAUUGCUAGUGUUGCAGAGAUAAAUGCUUAACCUCUUGUGUGCUAUUCCAUUAUCCCAGAUUCUGACCAAAAAUGACCUACUUUUUUUUAUUGAAAAAUUUUUUAUGAAUGACUUGCGAUGUUUUAAGGAGUACUGACAUGAUAUUUUUUACAAUUCAUUUUAUUGUUUUAAGUGAAGGUCCUAGAGCUCUAAACCAUAGAAAAAGAUAGUGGCAAGCCUCAGAUUGCUGUAAAUAAUUUAAUAUAAGAGCUUUGCCACAACCAAUUUUGGUUUCAUUUCCAGAACAAUACUGUGUCAUGAUGUCACAACACAGUAGGUGGCCACAUGAGAGCAGCACAACGCAACAUUUUUACACUUGGUCCUACUCGCUCGUUUGUCCGCUAUGCUGCUGCAUUGGCCCUCACAAUGAGUAGCAGCAUACGGGACGACCGAGAGAGCGAGAAGGAGUGUCAAAAUGUUGCAAUGUCCCUCAUACUGAUCGUGAAGUGCACUGCUUGUUUAGCUUAAACCAAUUAUUUAAUGCCAUAUUAAAUAAUUAUCAGUCCUCUGAGGCCGGUCAGUAUUUUUUCUAGGGUUUAGAGAUCUAUGACUUUCAUUCAAUGUAAUAAAUGAACAUUUGAAGUUGUCAUGCCAGUACCCCUUUGACUGAUUGUUCAAAAUCUCGGCUGUUAUGUAAACCUGAAGGUUAACUGCACUGUAUCAAUACCGCGUAAUGGGCAUGAAAAGAGCACAUGAAACUCGACAUUUGCCUGCAAAGUACGCUUUAAAAUAUUUCAGUGGGUCACCUGUUUCUUCCACAUCAAACAUCUUGACAAGAGAUCAAAAACUGGAAGCUAGUUGGGCGUUCAGGGGCCUUGUUCUGCGUUUGUUCACAUUAAAAAAAGUGAUCAGGUGUCUGCCAUACCAUCUACUUUGCUAAUAAGCAGAAGGAAAGCUGCGUAGCCACCAUAUAAGAACCCUCACAGAAUAUCAUUAACGAUUAAAAACUCGGCAAUUCCAAUGACCACUUCGGAAUAACGUAGCUGCAAGCGUGGUAAGCUAUACAUUCAUAGAAAUGGAUGAUUGCAGUGUAAUGUUGACUUCGUUACUGAGGUGCUUUAUCCUAUGUUGUUCCUUUUUUCUUUCUCUCUCUUUUUCCUUUCUUUUUCAGAAAUUUCUAAUGGAGCACAAAAAGAAGAGCAGCUGGCUGCCAUGACAUCGGACUUGGCUAGUGAAGAUGGCAGCAGCCAGCGCAGAAGGCGGCAGAAGCGGCGGCGUGCCGCGAGAUUAAUUUCUUCAGAUGGGAAGAGAGUGUGUGGUGCAGACAACGGUGACUUUUCACAAGGCUCAGAGGAAACUUCAACACAGUUGCUUCUUCAAGCAAACUUUGUUCCCCGUCCCAGUCCUCUAGCCCCACUGAGUAGCACCACUAGCCGCUCGACUGAUGUGCCUUCCCUGGCGAUGACCUCUGAGCACGCUGGAUAUUCAGCCAUGCCUACAUCAUCAGUGCAAGGUCAAACUUACAGAGAAAGGAAUUCGCAGAUGUCAAGACGGCAGAAGAAAAUUCUGAAGGAGUUGGGAAAGAUGACAGCAGAGCUCUCAGCACAUGUAGACAUAUUAAACAAGUUGGAACUGUCGUCGUACUCACUGCAAGCGCAUGCCCAGACUGCCAAACCUGUUGACCGCGGCAUGCUCGAUGUACUACCAUUGACAUCCCAUGAAGGGUUGCAGGAGCUCGAGAAUCGACUCUCUACUGCCCAGAGUAGGGCUAACCUUGUCUCCUGCCUGUCAACAAUCGGAGGAUCAUCUCCACAGGAUUCCAUGCACCACGUAAUGCAGACGUGCAUGCAAGACAGCUAUGCCCAAAAGUUUAGCAUGACGGGGAGGAAAGGGAAGAAACCAUUCAUGGGCCUUCAACUUUUCAGUGCCAUGAUCGAGGCAGUGAAGAAGAACUUCCCCGAUGCCACCGACAUGAUGCUGAGGUCAUAUGCUGCUGACUGGCUGCGUUACGCUCCUUCAAGGUUUCAGAGAAGCAUUGGAAUGCACCGGAGGAUGCCACCUGUGCCGGCACGAGUAGCAUAGAGAACCUAUCAGUUCUGGAGCAAAGGUUUCAGGAACAAUAAAGUGACUUUUCCCAUGCAAG